ACCAUCACCAUAUGAAGAUGGCGGCACCACAAGCGUCGCAUCGAGUCAAGCCCUUCCGCCACGACGCCGCCAUCGCCAUCCUCGUACUGCUCGCCGUCGCCGUCGGCCAAUGCGACGCGUUGGUUCAAGCGCCGCGUCAAGGCAACCUCAAGCACUACAGCGUGCGUCUCCACUCCUCCCUUCCGCUCGCCGCUUAUAGCCGGGGUUUCUCGAUCUACCCGGGGUGGACGGAUGACGACCAGGCCGGUAGUAGCGGCCCCGUGCCGGCCUCCCUGAUGGCCACGCCGACCACGCUGGCGGCGGAGGCGCGGACCAUGAUCGGGCGCGGAAUCCCCCGGCGCGCGCGGCUGACGAUGGAGAACCCGCAGAUCCGCACACACGCGAAUCUGCUGGAGUAUCAGCAGAACCAGAUCGCCGCGUCUGUGGGGCUUUCCGCAGAGGAAAUCACGUACAGCUUCAAGUACGCGCUGCACGGGUUCGCGGCGCUGCUGACGCCCCUCCAGGCAUGGAAGCUGCGGCGGCACUCGGCCGUGGCGUCGGUGCGGGAAAGCUACGAAGUGCGGCACCUCACGACCGACUCGCCCACGUUCCUGAACAUGGGCGGCGAUGGGUCGCUGUGGACCAACAACGGCGGGCAGAGCAGCGCGGGUGACGGCAUGGUCGUCGCGAUCGUCGACACGGGCAUCUGGCCAGAGCACCCGUCGUUCAGCGACUCGGGUUUCAGUUCCACAAUGCCAGCGGGAUGGACGGGCAAGUGCGACACGACAGCGGACUUCAAGUGCAACAACAAGAUCAUCGGCGCGCGUGCCAUCUACGCCGGCGCCAAGAAAGACAAAGGCAGCGACCCCGACCUCACUGCUGAUUGGCUCUCGCCUCGCGACGCGGGAAGCCACGGCACCUGGUGUGCCGGAGCUGCGGCCGGCAACAAGGAUGUGGCUAUGGCGGGCGGCAAGGCGAGCGGCAUGGCGCCUGCUGCCAGGCUGGCGAUCUACAAGGUGUUCUGGACGUAUAACGGCUCCAACACUGCCAACUCUGAUGACAUCUUGGCAGCCGUAGAUCAAGCGGUGGCGGACGGCGUGGAUGUGAUCUCGCUCUCGCUGGGUGGCUUCUAUGAGGGUGCCUCAUACUUUGAUGAGAUUCCUCUGCUCAAUGCGAACCUCGCGGGGGUGUUUGUGACGUAUGCUGCGGGCAACUCUGGUCCUCCCAACGGCACAACCUUCGACUCGUACAGAACCCUUGCCAACUUCUCACCUUUCUACCUAACUGUCGGAGCAAGCUCCAUCGAGCGUAACGGUGCUGUCCUUCCCAAGGCUAUCAACGAAUCAUCAGCUGCCAUGCUGUCCGCAUACCCUCUGGGCGAUGUUGCCCCCCGGAUCGGAAGCUUCUCCUCCACAGGCCCCGUCUGCCCCCCCUGGAUGAAUGCCGUCAACGCACAACCCACCAACAGCAUCUUAAAGCCCGAUAUAGUCGGCCCUGGGGUGAAACUGUACGCUGCAUCCCCAGGAAAGACCGUCGGCGAGACAGGGUCAUACUCUCAGAAAUCUGGUACUUCCAUGGCAACGCCUCACCUGGCGGGCAUCGCCGCUCUCAUUCUGCAGAAGUACCCCAAGUGGAGCCCUGCGCAGGUCAUGUCUGCCAUCAUGACCACUGCAGUCACGACCAACACCGAUGAUAAGAACAUCAAGAAUUCCAACGGCGACUCUGCAACGCCGUGGGAGAUGGGUCAGGGGCAUGUGUACCCGCCCAAGGUGCUCGACCCUGGGCUCACUUACGACGCGCGCGCAGCCUAUUACAUGAACUUCCUCGCGGGGCAGAGCCUUUCAAGGACACAGACAGAGUUCCCAGAUGCAAAGCUUGUGCGCAUGCCUCCUCGGAACCUGAACCGUGCUAGCAUCGCUGUGGCGCGGCUCAAAGGGAAUCUGACCGUGACCCGGCGGGUGACUAAUGUUGCAGACAAGAAGUCCACGUACAAGGUCAAGAUCAAGUCUCCCAAAGGGGUGUCUGUUAAGGUUUCUCCCAAGAAGUUCACCAUUGGUGCGGGUAAGAAGGUGUGGUACACAGUGACUCUGAAGGUUACGAAAAUGUCAGAGGAGUUCAAGUACGGGAGCCUCACGUGGAAGGAUGGGGAUGGGCACUCGGUGCGGACUGUGCUUGCUGUCCAGCCAGUUGCAAUGUGA